AUGGCGGGGUUGUUCUCAUUAGGUGGCGGUGGUGGCGGUGGAGGAGGGAGAGGGAGCAGCGGCGGCAACCAAGACAGCGAGAUUCCUCCUCCGGAGACACUAUUCUGGUACAGCAAGACCAACGAGGACGUUACAUCGUACAGAGGUUUCGAGCUAUGGAACCAACAACAACAACAGCAGCAGCAGCACGCGGAGCAGCUGAUACCGCAUGCGCGUCCACUCCUCCACCGAGAUCUUUACUCUUCCGGCGGGGUGGGGCCCAGCCGGGUCUCCGAUGAUAACUCGUCGUCGAGAUCGGCCUUCAUGGCGAUGCGUUCGGCCGUGGAAGGCGGAAGCGGCGGAAGCGGAGGAGGGAUAAGCUGCCAAGACUGCGGUAACCAAGCGAAGAAAGAUUGCCCUCACAUGCGAUGCAGGACUUGCUGCAAGAGCCGCGGCUACGAGUGCCAAACCCACUUGAAGAGCACGUGGGUUCCAGCCUCAAAACGCCGUGAGCGACAGCAUCACCUCGCCACUUUGCAAGAGCAACAACAACACCAUAGAGACAUUUCUAAAAGACCCAGAGAUAGUAACCCAUCUUCUUCUUCCGCUCUUGCUUGCACUCGUUUGCCCUCAGGGUUAGAGCAAGGGCAUUUUCCUGCAGUGGUGAGUUCUCCAGCUGAAUUCAGGUGUGUGAGGGUUAGCGCCGUGGACGAUGCUGAUGACAGUUACGCAUAUCAAACGGCUGUGAACAUCGGAGGGCAUGUCUUCAAAGGAAUCCUCUAUGACUAUGGUCCCGAAAGUAGUAAUAAUAAUAUUACUAAUUACAUGGCUGGUGAGUCCUCUUCCGCCGCCGCCGCCGUUGCCGGAGCUCAGCCCUUCAACAUAAUCACCGCCACCGCAACCGCCUCUGCCGUUGUCUCCUCUUCUGGGGCACUCGUUGAUCCUUCUUCUUUGUAUCCAGCUCCAAUUAACCCCUUCAUGGCCGUUAGUGGUACGCAAUUCUUCCCUCACACAAGAUCUUGAAAAAGAAAAAAAAAAAA